ACAGGUGUAUUAUAUUGACACAUCAGCAACCUGUAAACGGCCAACUCAACUGCCACACACUCAGGUCCGGGUGCCAACGACUGCGGUCGCUUUCUGAUCUUCAAUGUACUUCACAGUCACUCCACUGACAGUCGUACUUUUAGUCUCUUCCGCCUGACCCGUUUUCAUCGAUUGUCACGUCUUGCCCGAGUACUUGACUGAAUCUCGAUAUUUCUGCAGCUGUUGAAGAACGGUACUGUUUUGAAAAUGGCCCCAAUCAAAGGCCGAAAGAGUAAUGCCAACAAGAAUCUGCCCAUACUCAGCCAUGAGUUCGUCAUCCAAAACCAUGCAGACAUAAUAUCCUGUGUGGCCAUGGUUAUUGUAAUCGGUCUCAUGGUUCAUAUAACCGCACCGGUGUCUUCAUUGUUCGUAGCCCUGCAAUAUGUUCAAACCUCCGGAGAAAAUCCAAACGCCUUACAAACAUAUGGUACCGGUUUAAAGGAUUUGUUUGCUAUAUUCUUCUAUUUCCUCAUUUGUAUCAUAUUCCAUGCCAUCAUUCAAGAAUAUGUUUUGGAUAAAAUUUGCCGUAAAUUGCAUUUAUCCAAAUCAAAGAAUUCACAAUUCAAUGAAUCUGGACAACUGAUUGUAUUUAAUGCAAUUUCUAUGAUUUGGGCAUUAGACAUUGUUGUGAAAGGAAAUUGGUUGGCUAAUCUUUCAUCAAUAUGGAUUGGAUAUCCGUACACCGCACUAUCAUUCUCAACAAAAUUCUUUUACAUAAUCCAAUUUGCUUACUGGGCUCAUAUUAUGCCAGAACUUUAUUUCCAAAAAAUUAAAAAAGAAGAUAUGUUUAGCAGAGUGAAAUAUUCUGUAUUAUAUUUGACAUUUGUAUCGGCCAUUUAUAUAACUAACUUCCACCGCAUUGGUGUUGUAUUACUAUUGUUGCAUUAUAUUUGUGGAUUUAUUAAACAUGCCGUUAAAUUGAUUGACAUCACUGAGAAAGAAGAAGAUAGUAAAAAAGUUCAAUUGGCCCAAAAUGUGUACAACUGGACUUUCUAUGUUGUACAAACGCUGUCAUUAAUUCUAUCUCAGACAAUGCUAUGGUUUGGUCUUAAAAACGUGCAAUACAGUGGAGAGUUGCGUGACUUCAAUACUCCCACAUUUAAAUUAAUAUGUUCGAUCGGUGCAGUAGCUGUACAAGCUUAUAUGGUUAAUGAAUUCUUAAACAACCAGGAUUCCAAUGGUCUCAAUUUAUCUGCGUCAUUUGGAUUAAUCAACCGCAAACCAAAAUCAAAAAGUUCUGAUGUCUCUAACAAAAAACGCAAGAAUGCAGCUACCCGGAAGUUCAAUGAAUUGACAGAAGCUGAUCAGAACAUUAAAAAAACAUUAAAACAUGAGGCAAAAAAAGCAGCCAAGAUCGCAAAGAGUGUCAAAUAAUUUUUGAUCAACGUGUUACUUGUUAACUUAGGUGCAAUAUUUUGUUCAUCAUACAUUGCAUUAUGUUGGAAAUGUGUUUAAGACAUUUACAUAAAUGUAAUGAUAAUUAAUAAUAAUUAUAUAAUGUUUUCUUCCUAUACAUAUUAUAGACAUUAUGUACAAUUAAUUUUUAUUUAAAAUUAUAUUGCAAAUUAUUAUAGUAAUUACUAAUUAAUGUUUAUUUUUAUGUUAUGUAUGAUAUAUUAUAAGCUUUUUAAUCUUUAAUCUUGUGAAUUAUUAUAUUUUGUUCUAUAUUUAAUAUUUAUAAUCAGUGUUUAAUACUGUAAUUGUUAUUUUUUUCAAUCAAACAAACCAAUUGACGUGCUCCAUUUAAUGAAGAUUUAGUACCUACAUUUUUUUUUAUACUACGGAAUUUGUGUAUAUUUUAUGAUUAAGUUACAUUAACUAAUUAAGUAAUUUUAAAAUAAUAAAACAAAAUCCAUUUAUUCCUUCCAUGAGAAAUUCAUAUACAAUUUUAAAGUAUGUAAACCCAUCUAGUUAAUUAAAUGUAUGUAUAUAUAUUUUAUCAUUAUGAUUAUUCAUAUUAUAAUAUUUUUAUUGUAAAAUUUUAUUUUUGUUUUAAAUAAAAAAAUAUUUAUGUAUUAUAAUA